CGGGUUAGACGCAAGUCGCUCUUCCAGCAGUGUAGUGUACGAGUCGAUCAAGGCCAGUUUGCCAUCAAGAAAGCGAGAUGCAGACUGUUUUAUUCAACGCCGUUUUGUUUACGACUUUUUACGCUUUGCUAACCUUUUCGUGGGUUCAACAUGUCGUUGGCGUGUCGAGCGGCAGAGGGUUUGGCGACAACAUCCACUGGAGGUCGCUGGAAGAUGGAAAGAACGAGGCAGCUGCCAGUGGUCUGCCUCUCAUGGUCAUCAUCCACAAGACUUGGUGCGGAGCCUGUAAAGCCUUAAAGCCCAAAUUUGCAGAAUCCAAGGAAAUCGCAGAACUUGCCCACAACUUUGUGAUGGUCAACCUGGAAGACGAAGAGGAACCAAAGGAUGGGGACUUCACCCCCGACGGAGGCUACAUCCCGCGCAUCCUAUUCCUAGAUCCCAGUGGUAAAGUCCGCCCUGAAAUCACCAACAAAAACGGCAAUCCCAACUACAAGUAUUUUUACAGUAAUGCCGAACAAGUUGUGUCAGGGAUGAAGGAGGCGCAGGAGAAGCUAACAGGCGAUGCCUUCAAGAGCACUCACGCGGGAGACGAGCUGUGAGGAGGCAAGCAUCAGGGCUGCAAGGGCUACAUCACCUCCGAACGACGCUGCCAUAGCCAGAAGACUACUUGUCACAUACUGUACAAUAAUGGAUGUAAAGUCAAUCAAGUGCCAAAAUUGACGCACAACUUUCCAUCAGGGUUUCCCACACUGAGGCUCCAAAACGGGUCGGUUUUUAUCAAGACGCCAAUUAUGAAAAAGCUGUCAACUUUUAUAAAACGCGCAUAGAGUAGGCACAUAACCACGUAGAACUGUUUCAGCGCCGUUGACAAGGCCAAUUGUCUGACUGUUUUCAUCUUUUCUGCUAUGAGUUUAAAUGAAUCAUGAGUAGACGUCAAUGGCAGCCAAUGUGUUAGUGCUAUAAUCUUUAGUGUUCGUUUCUGUAAAGUAUAUGUCGGGAAACCUUUCUGUAGACUACAUGCAUCGUCACCCUUAAAGCCACGGCAAUUAGUUUCUGCUAAUGUUGAAGACACCACGUGCUUCCAAAGAUGAUUUCUUGCCAAUGUGAGUUUAUUUGUUGUUUGCUCAUUUUAUCCUGUUAUUUUUGCCUCCUUUUUUACCCUGUAAAUAAAGGUUUCUUGUAGUGAG